AAAGAGGAGGAUGGGGAGAGGGAAGAUUGUGAUCCGAAGGAUCGAUAAUUCAACGAGCAGGCAAGUGACUUUUUCAAAGAGAAAAAAGGGUUUGAUUACGAAGACCAAAGAGCUGGCGAUACUGUGUGAUGCAGAAGUUGGCCUUGUCAUAUUCUCCAGCACAGGAAAGCUCUAUGAAUUUGCAAUCUCCAGCAUGAAAUCAGUUGUUGAAAGAUACAACAGCUUGAAAGAGGAACACCAACAGUUUUUGAAUCCAUCAUUAGAAGAUAAGUUUUGGCAAAGAAAGACUGCAAUCUUGAGACAACAAGUGCAGGAUUUGCAAGGAAACCAUCGGCAACUCAGGGGUGAACAGCUUUAUGGUUUGAGAGUUGAAGAGCUACAGAAUCUAGAGAACAAACUGGAGAUGAGUUUGAAGGGUGUUCGCAUGAAGAAGGAACGGAUAUUAACUGAUGAAAUUCAAGAACUAAGCCGAAGGGGAAACCUCAUUCAUCAAGAGAAUUUGGAACUCUGCAGGAAGGUUUAUGGAAAUUAAAAUGGCCUGAAUUCAUAUGGUUUUGGGUGUGGAGAGGGUUCAAAUGUACCCGUUCAUCUUCAACUGAGUCCACCCGAGAGAGAGAAUGAUUAAAGGUCACUUCAUCUUCAAGAAAAAUCAUAGUCUGAGGGAAAAUAAUUCUGGGAGAGAUGACAUUGUUCGUGGCAUUAAUUAUGAUAAAAUCACUAUAAGUUUUAUCGGAGGAGGAAGCAAAAUAUUUAAUAAAACACUGUUUACACAACUAUCUCCUUCAUUAUAAAUAUUUUAACCAUUGUCAAU